AUGGAGGAGAGCGCGGGUGACACAGUGUGCGCGUCCACUACUCACAUAUCUUGCUUAUAUCCCGAGAUUCUUGCUAUGAUAUUCAGUUAUUUGGAUGUGAGAGAAAAAGGUCGUGUAGCCCGAGUGUGCAGUGCGUGGCGAGAUGCUUCAUACCACAAGGGCGUGUGGAGAGGCGUCGAAGCAAGAAUACACCUGCGGAGAGCUAACCCGUCGCUGUUCCCUUCGAUGGUUCGGCGAGGCAUACGUCGCGUGCAGGUGUUGUCGCUUAGACGUUCCCUACGCGACGUUAUAAGUGGAGUACCAACGCUAACGUCACUCAAUUUAUCGGGUUGCUAUAAUAUCACUGACAUAGGACUUUCCCUUGCGUUCUACCAGCCGCACAGAUCCCUGACACGCCUUGAUCUCGCGCUCUGCAAGCAGAUCACCGACUCGGCCUUGGACCGCAUCAGUCAAAUGCUGCCCAACUUGGAGGAGCUCGAGCUUGGUGGCUGCAGCAACAUAACGAAUGCAGGGCUCGCCAUGAUCGCGUGGGGGCUGAAGAAACUCAAGAAAUUAGACCUACGGUCGUGUUGUCACAUCAGUAAUCAAGGAAUAGCAAGUCUAAGUGGACAAGAUCUAAGCAAGUGCUCCGGGACCGAGUCAUUGCAGUGUCUUGGUCUUCAAGACUGCCAAAAGCUUUCUGAUGAAGCUCUCUUGUCCGUAUCCCAAGGCCUGCCGUCCUUGGUAAGCAUAAAUUUAUCUUUUUGUGCCAGUAUCACAGAUUCGGGUCUCAAGCACUUGGCACGGAUGCCCCAACUGAAGGAAAUCAACCUUAGAUCGUGUGACAACAUUUCCGACAUGGGCAUCGCAUACCUAGCAGAAGGCGGCUCAAGAAUCACCUCCCUUGACGUCUCGUUCUGCGACAAAAUCGGUGACCAAGCCCUAGUUCACAUCGCGCAAGGGCUCUACUCGAUGCGCUCACUAUCCUGCUCGGCUUGUAACAUCAGUGACACUGGAAUCGAACGCAUCGGUCGAAGUUUACACGAACUUGACACACUCAACAUCGGACAGUGCGGUCUAGUGACAGAUAGAGGAUUGCAGCUCAUUAGUGAACAUCUAACUAAUUUGUACAGCAUUGACUUGUACGGAUGUAAUCGCAUCACCACGGUGGGUCUUGAGAGAAUCAUGCAGUUGCCACGACUUCAUGUCCUUAAUUUGGGACUGUGGCACAAGAGGUGACCAGAGGCUACCAUAGAACUACCUACUAAAGUCCUGCACGCUGCACACACUCCCCGGCAACCUGGCCCACUGGUCCCUACCACCUCCAACCAUUUCACCCCACCUCCGCCUCAACACCAACCCACCGUCUGAAACUCCACAGAAUUUCACGCCAAAACCACAAUAUUUCGGCUGAGUAUUUCUCUGCAUUUUUACGAUCGAUGAAGUGAAGUGAUUGAACGCAGUUUGAUAUUUGAUGUGUUUCACUAUGUCUAGCAAUGACAUCAACCUUCCUCGUGCAACGUGAAAAAAAUUCAACUUUGCGAGUUUGUGAACUGAUCAUUAAAAACUGAUGAGAUCUGCAUCAUUUACUGUUCGUUUGUGACAUGACCAUCCUCGUGAUGGGUGUUUCAUGCGAGUGGUGACACCUUCGUGAUGACUUUCAUGCGAGUGUAAUGACCUUUCCUCACGAUCAGCGAGUUCCACGCGAGUGGCAGGUCCCAGCAGCGGCUCAAGCGAGUGGCAUGAUCGAUCGUGCUGCCAGAUCGUGAACGUGGCAGACGCUAGGGACCGAACGCGGCGCCUGCAGACCUCAGGCAUUCCCCGGCGUCGGGCAGACAUGAGCAGGAAAACCAAACCUAAAGAAUUUCAGUUCGGUUUGAUCCUUUUUGGAGAGAAACUUCGGAGGAAUAAUUGUGAUCAUCCUUCAGUGAACUUGAAAAGAAAACGAAGCAGUUAUUUUAUUUAACAAAUGUGGGGCUGAAGAAGAUAACUAAUUUACUCAAGAAAUGGUGCCAAAAACUUAGUUCUUUACGUCUACCAAUGGAAUGGACUGGAAAAAUGUCUCCGGAGAAAUUUCUCUGAAAUUGUUUUAAUUUUUCAGUUUUGUGCAGCAGCAGCUUACCUAUUGCAGUGUAAUUCAAUUAAUUCGUGUACAUAUUAUAUGCUCUGUUGUCUACGUUGCAUACGUGAGAAUUGGCUAGCGAAUUCGAGAUAUGUACGUCUAUGUGAUAUGUAAGUAAUAAGCGAGCGUACUGCGUGUGGUAACAUGUAAGUGUACAUACGUGCGCAAGAUGCCAUGUUAAUCUGUACAGUUCUAUACGUUAAAUCAUUUUCUAAGAAAACUAUUAUGUUCCUCAUUUGGACCUGAACAAAACUUGCAUAAUACUUGGAAAUUUUCAUGCUAGUUGCUAUCAGCUUCUCUUAUCGUUGGGAUUUGAGAGUUAUCAAGUGAACAUGAAGCACAUUAAGUUAUACGAUGUUAUUACAAUCACUCUUGACCGUUUUGCAACGCUCGGAAAUUGUCAGCACCUUAACCGUGUUGGCCAAAAUAACACGGUUCCUAUUGCUCAAUAGAUUUAAAUUGGAUUUUGAUUAAGCAUUGGGAGGAAUGGCAUAAUAUAUUUCUGAAUUUAUACAUGUAUUAUUAUCAGAAUUGCUUUACUGACUUCAAAUCAACAAAAUAACAAAGGAAACGUCCUUUUAAAUCAAGAUUCUUCAAACAUGCACAGCCAGUUUUUAAGGUGAACCAUGUUUCUACAUUUAAUUUUAGCCAUGUUGAAAUAAUUCCGUAAUACCUUGCCAUUUUGUUCAUAAAACGUUAGCUCCGUUUUGCUCAAUUUGCACGAGUUAUUUCGAGUACAUAAAAAACAUCGGUUAUUCAUGUUAUGUUGAAGCAAGCUGUAUUAAUAAACAUUCUCCUGCAGUUAGAGCGCGCUACAAGUAUGCCAACUUGAAGUGUUAGGUGCGUGGCAUGGAAUGCGUUGCGGUAUGCGGCCUUCGAAGGAAUGUGAGGAAAAUCGUACGUAAAAACUGGCCAUUCGCGUCACGGUUCCCUGCGAAUAAAGUUUUUACAGCACCUCGCUGGGAAUUAUCUUCGGCGUACCCGUGUCCAGGGCAUAACGAACUAUAUUUAACGCAAUUACUAUCCUCAAUUCGGUUCGAUUUUUCAUUGGUUGUUGUAUGCCAAUCAUUCAAAUAGCAAAAUAUGAUUAAAUUAAAUUUUAAUUUUGUAUUUUUAAAAAUCUUUAUUGGUAGUUUUUUAUUACAAAUAGAGUUUGCUUGUGCUUCACCAACCCGCUUGUGUCCUCUGUACACCAGUAUAUAUUUUUCUUCAUUACAUAUUGCAUUUGCAGCAAUGAAUUUUUUA